UAAAACGCAAAGAAGAAACCUGGUGGGAUUAGCGCACGCGAGCUAGCUAAUUUGCGAGCCGCUAAAUGAGUAGUUUCAUGUUUCAUCCUCGCCCUUGUUACAGCGGAGGAAAGCCCAACGCCACUUCGAGACGAGUGGCAACUUUGACCGGCUCAUAUUCUGCAUUCAGUGUACUACGCAUGCUGGAAGCAGCUAGCUAGCGAGCUAACUAGCAAGCCGCAGCUCCAAGUUACGCCCCUCUCUUACAGACAUACCCCACUCCUUAACUGUCAGAAUGAAAUAAAUGCUACGAGGUCAUCGCUCAGUGUAAACAACACGAGGCAGACAACGAAUAAAGCACAGUAUGCGAAGAGUCGAUGCUAGCCACUCGAGCAGCUGUGGUCGAAACCAUGACCUCUGUGACAGCGACGACAUCUUCUGAAUCCCCGGGGCUCAGUGCGUCAGCCGGCCGGGGAGCACGCGCCGGGAGCCCGCGGCAGAGGCUCCAGAAGCUGCUCGCUGUACCCGGAUACGACCCGUGCCGAGUGAACGACCUGCUGCUCCUGCGGCCCGACACGGACGGCCGGACCGCCGCAGGACUAACGGAGGAGAGCGGCAACAGACAUGUGGUGUUUUUCCACGGGGACAUUCAGAACUUCGAGGAGGAGAUGGCUUUGCAGCCCGAAGGAGCCCAGUGGCUGUCCUGGAGUCUGGAGCAGGUGGCCCUCACCCUGGGCCGACGUUUCCCGGACCGGCAUGUGUGGGUGGUCCGAGCCGGCCGCAUGUACCUCCACAAGUUCAGCAGCUACCGCAACUUUGUCGAGAGCAACAUGUUCGGGGCACCGGAGCACUCGCCGUACUCGCCUGACUCCGGAGCGUUCCUCCAACUCAGGGCCCUGCUGAGCCACGGCAUGGAGCGAGCCAACCUGCCGAACCCCCCCCGGCCAGAGGGUGGCGCUGACAGCCUCCUCUCAGGGUUCUCGCUGGCGGUGGUGGGCUUCAGCAAAGGCUGCGUGGUGCUGAACCAGAUGGUGUACGAGCUGGCCGGGGCCCGCGCCGACCUGCAGAUGUGUCACUUCGUCGAGGGCGUCUCCGACAUGUACUGGCUGGACGGAGGGCACCCGGGAGGCAGCGAGACCUGGGUGACGAACAAGCAGCUGCUGAAGGAGCUCGCCUCCAGCGAGGUGUCGGUCCACGCCCACGUGACCCCUUACGAGGUGUGCGACCCCAUGCGGGCGUGGGUGGGCCACGAGCAUGGGCACUUUAUCAGGACCCUGGAGGAGUUCGGGGCCCGCCCCAGUAAGAAUCUGCACUUUGAGGACGAGCCCCCUUCCAUCGAGAACCACUUCAGGGUCAUCCAGGAGUUCUGAGUUUGCUUCAGGUGGCAGCAGUGUGGGGGAGAAGCAGGAUAUUGACAGAUACACUGGAUUGACCAACACGGCAACAAAUACACACCGCCAGAUAUUUUCUACAACCUUUAAUGAGCUUUUUCCAGUUUGCUUGGUGAUGCCUACAUAUUAGUCUGCAGUUGAUCAGAAUACAAUAAGGAUUGUGUCUUGUUUGUCAUUUCAGAUGCAAUUCUAACGCUCAUACAUUAAAAAAAAGAAAAUAUAAAACUCAAAAUAAACAUAAAUCUCUGAAACAUGUAUUUGCUGGUGGCUGGCCUGACUGUUCUCCACACUUCGGUCUCACUGCGGUCACGUCGCACUAAAUGGGAACGUCGGGCGACAUCGGUCGCCUGUUGCUGCUGUGCCGCUCCUCGAGGAUGCUGAGCUCCUCCCGCCCAAAACAAUGAACACACACACACACACACACACACACACACACACACACACACACACACACACACAAUAGCUGGACAGAACAAAUUCAACACCACAGCAUAGGUCAUGUUCAAGUGAUGAGACGGACAAUGCCGGCAAACACGAGCCGCUUCGCACGUCCCGUCAUCCAAAGUGACAUCCCUGCACUGCAAAACAAGCCUCUCAUCUCGAGGUCUCGUCAAGUCGUAAAAACUAGUUUUUAAAGUUUUUCUUUACAGAUAAUACUUCUGUCACAGGAAGAGGAACCGUAUCUGUAGAACUGAGCUCAGUACAUUUGUGAAAAGACUCCGACGCCAAUUUGGAGCGGAAUCAGAAACGAUGGUCGACUGUGAAAAUACUUGACUCAGGAGAUGAAGAAAUAUUCUUUCCAGCUGCUCGGAGAAUCACAUUAUGACCGGCUCGAGUGGAAUCUGAGAUUAAACUGCUCGUGGAGAUGAAUAUAUUUUACAGCGUGUUGUUCCAGUUUUCAAGGAUGACAGCAUACAGAUGAGAGCACGGCCGUGACUGGAGACACCCAUCUCCCAGACAAAGGCCAUUGUACCAGCCAGUGACGACAACCAACGACAACAAAAACAACACAAUGUGGUCUUAUUCGGUUCGACACCUCACAACAACAAGAGGACUGUUUCACUGGGGAUUGAGAGCAAUCGGAGUUCAGGAGAGUUCAUUCAAGUGAACAAAAGAUGGCAAAUCCUGUGACCCGACAGCGCCUCGUAUUUUCACAUCACGCAGCGUCACGUCCGUCUCUUUCUGAAACGACAUCAAAUCAUCGCUCUCACUUCCUCGUCGCCCCAACAAGCAUUCCAUGACGAUAUAUCUAAACACGGUUACGACUAUUCAAACUCUUCCUUCAAUCACUUCUUCCAACACCGACUUAUCUCCAGUAUUCCAUCGCCUCCCUCCCGGCUGAAACCACCUCGUCUCGCUUCACCUCCCAGGACCCCCCCGACAACCUAGACCUCCUCUCAUCGCCCCGAUCCACUGCAGUCCCAACAUUUCCAUUUACUAUUCAGCACACUGACCACAACAGGUUGUUUUAAAUAACACCGUAAUCAUCCUCUCCCGCAA